AUGAAAGGCAAGGAAGAAAUGUACGUAAGUGUCAGGAUAGAUUCCCUGAAAUGGAAUCUAGGGCUGGAUAAAAGUACACCCAGAUAUUUAGCUACAAUAGAAACAAGAAGAGAGAAGUUGAGAGAAAAACAAGAGUUAAGACUAAAGGCUAUGAGGCAAGUUGUGGUAGGAAGGGGAAAGAGGAGGAGGAAUAGAGAGAUAGUGUCAAAAGCAGAAAAAGAAGGGCCCCGCUUUAAGUUGCCAGAUUUACGAAUGGAGUGGAUUCAAGGCCCCAAACCAGGCAGUCUUGUUCAAGAGGGCCACCACAUUAUGAUUGGCCAAGUUUCUUACAAAGACCAUCUUCUUCAGACUUGUCGUAUGAAACUCAAUGUGUUAGUAAGAAAAUGUCCACCAUUGAUGCUACCAAAACACAUGACAGUGCAGUGUUCUCUUGGCAACUCUUGGGGAUCAAAAUGUCAAUUUUCAUGUAACAAUGGUCUACAUGUGGUAGGGCAAUCUUCAUCAGAAUGUAUGGAUGACCUGUCAUGGUCACAUCACAUACCAGUUUGUGAAGCUUCAAAGGGUUGUCCUGCCCCAAUGAGUCCUCCACAUGGACAACUGCUUUGCCAAGCACAUUUGGAAGAAACUCGUUCCCAAGUUUUGCCAGAAAAUGCAAAGUGUGAAUACGUUUGUGAUGCAGGAUAUGAAAUUCCAGCAACUCAGUAUCACCUCACAACUAUCCUAUGUCAGGAUGGUGCAUGGAAUAGUACAGUAGAUCCUACUUGCAUAAAUAUUGGAGGUAUUGCUUUGGAUCAUCCAAAUGCAAUACAAAGAGAAGCAGGCCACAAGCGAAGGAGACACAAGUUGAGAUCAGGAUUGCAUAAAAGGUCACAUGGUGAUCCAUGCAAUCCAAAUCCUUGCAAAGAAGGUGGCACAUGUCUUCGUGGACCCAAGUCUGCACCUGCCAUCUGUCGUUGUCCAGAUCACCGAGAAGGUGAUUUCUGUGAAUAUGAGCGAUGCAGAGAAAAAUGUGAAAAUGGGGGAAAGUGUGUUAUCUUCGAUGAAAAAGCAGUGUGUUACUGCCCACCUGGAUUCCAUGGGAAUCUCUGUGAAGUGACAGACUCAAGGUAGUGGAAAAUCUGCAAAAGAAAUCUUCACUUUAAUAUUGCGGCACUGCUGGAAGAUGAGGGAUCUGCAAUGAACUCGCAUCCUUGUGCAUAGUAAAAAAAGGAGUGAAGCCAGCCAUCUACAACUCAGCAUGGAUGGCAAUUUAUAUUUCAGCCCAAGCAGAUCCAACAACCUCCAUCUCUCUAGUCGAUGUGUGUGUGCGUGUGUACUAACAGUAAUUAGGAAACUAUUCAAGAACAAGUUGUCCCUAUGUCUCUUUCAAAGAGUCACAUUCCAACAUACAGCCGUCUCAACUGAUGGGCUGUAAAAGGGAAGUUGAGAAGAAAUAGUUCACUAAAAUUUAUAGCCAUAUGUGAAACAAAGCCCAAAAUUUUAUUUUCUACACCACUAAUUUAUUAACAAUGUAUUGCGCCUUUUCUGUGCCACUUGAUAGAACUUUAGAUGUUUCUAAAUUCAUACCAUAUUUUAGAAAUUAUAUCAGUUUCUCUUCAGUAUUUUGGUUACUGUCAAAUGCAAUGAUCUAGGAAAUUUGAUUAUAGCUGUUCGAGUAUCACUGGUAAAUAAUACACUGAAAAAUGUAUUGUUUCUCUUUUAAUUUACUUGACUUGUAAUUGGCUUCACAUAAAAAAUUGUAACAUUGUAAAUAUAUCAGACAUCCUUCACUUCAAAAUAAGAAACUUUUAAUCUUAAGCACAAGAUCUAAUCUUAAUUACAUUAAAAUCACUUUCACACAUCAAUAUAACCAAAGUUUCAAAUUGAUGCUUGCCAGCAAAAUGAACAGCUUCCAAAAUAGUUUAGUAAGUUAAGCAUAAUCUUAUCAUAGGGGCGGAUCCAGAGACUUUUUAGGAGCAGAAAUUAAAAUUCUUUUGGUUGAAUGUGUCAUUGCAGAUUUUGUUGAAUGUCACAGGCUACACUCAUCUCCUGCUGCAAUACAAUUUUAUUUGUUUUAAUAAUUAUUCAAAAACAUAUUUGUUUGAAAGUAUCAUGACAAAUUAAAAUUAACAGUUACUGAAAAAUUUUAGCGGGAGAAAUUUCCCUCAUUUCCCUUCCCGUGGAUCCGCACCUGCUUAUCACCUCUGUAACAAAGAAAUACAGUCAUCGUAGAUGUUGUCAGUUGUUGAUGGUAAUCAGUGUUCAUUAAGAAUUUUAAUAGUACCUUGGGAAAUAUCUGGAAGUGUCUAUCAUCUUAAAAGUUAAGCCAAUAAAUUUCCCAGUUAAAAGUACACAAGAAAAAUGCCUCCAGUACAAGCCCUUGUAGAUCAGUGUGUUUCUGAUUUAGAUACUCAUGUUCUAUAAUGAAAUACAAUGAAAUAAAGUUUAUUUCCAAACCUGAAUUCUUAUUUCCUCUACACAAAUCAAAAAUGUCCUUCAACAGGGGGUUUAUGUUGCACCAACAGUUACCGAUACUGGGUGAAAACGAAGUGCUUUGAGGAAAAUAAGGAGGAACUAUAAUAUUAACGUAAUUAUAGUUGCCAGGUACUGAGGGGAAAGAAAACCUUAAACAAAAUAGUGAUACCACACAAUAAACCUACCUUACCAAUUAAAAGAUCUAAAUCACAUGAAAAUGAAUUUUGAUUUUGAAAAAAUCAUUUAAUUUUUUUAAGGAAAUAUAAAAUUAAUAUCAAUGAAAAGAGAGUAUAUUCUGAAUCUAGUUUGACAAACAUCAUUCACAAUUUUAUGUCAAGAACAAUUCUUUCCCAAACUAUCACCAAGCACUGAAGAACAUUUUUUUCUAAGCCAAAUCCAUUUCUUCUCUUUCAUUUGUAUUGUGUAACAGAAAUAUCAUAGUACCCACACUAAAGAUACAAAGAAGAAAAAUGAAAAAUAUUUGGAGAGGGGAAGUGAAAAAGCAGUCCUUUCAAGCAUGAAGGUGUGUACUUGGACUUGCUUCCUUGAAUAUCAUUCAUAAGGGUCAAGAUGUCAAAUAAAAGUUUAAAGAUGCUCUUGUAGGAGCUUUGGAGAAUUUUGACACCCAGUUAAAUGAGCUGAUUAAAGCCUCAUAUAUACAUAUAAUGAAAGCUUCAUAUAUUUUGUUAUAGGUUAGAAAAUAAAGGGUACAUAAGAUUCCUGACAUACUACUGUCCUCUGGUCCAAUGAGAUGUAGGUAAUGACAAACAAACAGCUUAUUUUGAGGAUAACAGUGCUUUAUACAACUAUUAUUCAGUAAAAAGUCUUUAAAAAUAUAAUGGAAGCUCAGUGGUACAAUUCGAAUCCCUUCCUCCGAAAAUCUUUCAAAGAACUUUUCCUGUACGAGAUUAAAUCUUCAUUUAAUCUCGGAUAUAGUUUGAUAUAAUUCUCAUUUUCAUUUCUUUAAUUUGCCUUUCCUCUUUGACCACUAUUGACCAUCAGUGUACUUCAAUUCCUUAACAGCCAAAACUGUAGUUCGACAGCACUGGCACCUCAUUCUGUGUAAAAGUGACUUUUUAUUUUGAGAGAAGGAAAUGUGACACAGUGACAGACCGAGUGGCACAAUCCAACGAACAAAAUAAAAUCACAUUUACUACGUGUGUCACACACCAUUUUAACUUUCUUGCUACAUAGUAGAGAGAAAGUUAUGAAAUGCUGCACAAAAAAAAAUGUGAAUUUUUGGCAGA